GGCACUGAGAUGAGGGCCCUGCAUGGUUAAACAAUAAUCGCUUUAUUUUCCUGCUGAAAUAAAUAUACAUGCAUGUAUGCAAGCAAGGCGGAGCUGGAAUUGGCUAGCAGCCUCAUUGCAGAUCCAGGUAGCAUCUACUGACAGCUCUGGGUCAUGUGAUGGCUGUUAGGGUGGCUUUUCCACUCCCAGGCUGAGCUUGUCAGCGAGGGGGUUGGUCCCCAGCAUCUUGCAGCUUCCAAGAAUGUAAGAAAUGAGUAGAGAGGAAAGGACGGGGGGGUGUGUGUUCUGCUUUGUUGCCUUUCUCCCAGCACUCACUCUGCCUUUCUGACCCACCCCAGACUGGAGAGGCGCGGGAUUGUCACCCCCGCCAGCAAAGAGCCUUAUCACGAGGCUCUGCCUGUCUUGGUUUCCCUAAAGGAGGAGAAGAGAUUAAAUGGACCUUUGCGGUCAGCCUUGGCUGCUGAGGGGCACUUAGCCUGCUGAUGAGUGAGAUUGGGCUUCUGCAGGCACACUCUCCAGGAGGAGACAAAGGAGGUGGGGUACAAUACAAUCAUGUUUGCUGUAGCCCACGUUCUGAAGCCACCCACAGGAUGGAAAGGCAGGCUGUCCAUCCUGAAAAUACAGAGCAGCAUCUGCCUGUGAAUGGCCAGAUUCUCCUUCAGGGCUUUCCGGGUUUUCUGUCUCAGGAAUCCCCUGCACCGCUGACUUUUUUCCCCCCCUCUUGUUUGGGGGAAUCCUGGCUCCCGAAAGAAGCUUCCUUCUGCAUCUGUGGGGCUGCCUCUUUUUUUCUUUUUCUGCUACAGCGUGGAAACCCGCUUGUGUUUUCGUUAAAUUCAGACUUCUCAAGCUGUCACCUGACAGUCUUGUGGUUCUGGAUGAAUGUGGAUCAUUUCUAUUAUUAACCUGAUUUGGCAGCUGGUCUUAAUAACAAGAGUUGCAGAAAUUCUGAAAAGUGGAACCCGCUUGAGGGACAGAGAUGCUUUCCAGCUGGCCUUUGCCGGAGUUUAAUCCAAGUCAGAUCCGACUAAUCGUAUACCAGGACUGUGAAAGAAGAGGGCGAAAUGUUUUAUUUGAUUCCAAUGCCAAGAGAAGAACUGAAGAUGUGUCAAUCUCGAAACUCUGCAGUGAUGCACCAGUGAAAGUGUUUGGAAAAUGUUGCCAGCUCAAACCUGGAGGAGAUAGUUCAUCUUCUUUGGACAGUUCAAUCAAUUCCUCUUCUUCUUCUACUGAAACAAAAGAACAUUGUCCAAAAUUUCAGGGUUCUCGAUGUUCUUCAGAUGCCAACAUGCUUGGGGAGAUGAUGUUUGGUUCUGUGGCUAUGAGCUACAAGGGUUCAACUUUAAAAAUCCACCAGAUUCGCUCUCCUCCACAGCUUAUGCUGAGCAAAGUUUUUACAGCUCGAACAGGAAGCAGUAUUUAUGGAAGUUUAAACACGCUUCAAGACAGUCUUGAGUUUAUUAAUCAAGAUAAUAAUACUUUGAAGCCGGAUCAUACCACAGUUAUGAAUGGACUGCUUAUGAACAUAGGUUUCUCACAGCUUUGCAGCCCUAGGCGGGCAUUCUCUGAACAAGGUCCGCUCCGCCUGAUCCGGAGCGCCUCUUUCUUUGCAGUUCACAGCAACCCUAUGGACAUGCCUGGCAGAGAGCUGAAUGAAGACAGAGACAGUGGAAUUGCAAGAUCAGCAUCUCUUAGCAGCCUGCUUAUCACUCCUUUUCCAUCUCCGGGUUCUUCACUGAACAGAAGCUGUGCUAGCAGUUACCAACGGCGCUGGCGUCGCAGUCAGACGACAAGCUUGGAGAAUGGAGUCUUCCCAAGAUGGUCAGUGGAAGAAAGCUUUAACUUGUCAGACGACAACUCCAGCCCAAAUCCAGGAAUUGUCAGAAAAAAGAAGAUAGCAAUUGGGGUGAUAUUCUCACUUUCAAAGGAUGAAGAAGAAAAUAGCAAAUUUAAUGAGUUCUUUUUCUCACACUUUCCUCUUUUUGAGAGCCACAUGAAUAAGCUGAAGAGUGCAAUAGAACAGGCUAUGAAAACAAGCCGUCGGUCAGCUGAUGCCAGCCAACGGAGUUUGGCAUAUAACAGGAUUGUGGAUGCCUUAAAUGAAUUCAGAACAACAAUUUGCAAUCUCUAUACUAUGCCACGGAUUACAGAACCAGUUUGGCUUACGAUGAUGUCGGGGAUGCCCGAGAAGAACCAACUCUGCCAUCACUUUAUAAAGGAAUUUACUUUCCUAAUGGAACAAGCUUCCAGGAACCAAUUUUUACCUGCUCUUCUAACUGCAGUUUUGACAAACCAUCUGGCCUGGGUUCCAACUGUCAUGCCAAAUGGCCAGCCACCAAUUCGAAUAUUUCUAGAGAAGCAUUCCUCACAGACAGUGGACAUGUUGGCGAAGAGUCACCCAUACAAUCCACUGUGGGCACAAUUAGGAGAUCUGUAUGGAGCCAUUGGAUCACCUGUGAGACUAUCAAAAACAGUUGUGGUUGGCAAAAGGCAAGAUCUUGUGCAACGUUUACUUUAUUUCCUUACUUAUUUCAUAAGAUGCUCGGAGUUGCAAGAGACUCAUCUUUUGGAAAAUGGUGAGGAUGAAGCCAUAGUAAUGCCUGGUACAGUCAUCACCACAACACUAGCAAAAGGGGAGGUGGAGGAAUCUGAAUAUGUGCUCGUCACAAUGCACAAGAACAGAAGCAAUCUAUCCUUUCAAGAGUCUGAAGAAGUGAGAACUUCUGACUGCGGUUGUAAAUAUUGCAAAUGCCCUGUUAAUCCUAAUCAAAAAGCAGAUACUAUUUCAGGACUGGAGAAAGAAGAUUCACAGAAUGGCCUAAAGAUGGAUAAAGCUGCUUCAUGUGAAAGCAGUUUGGAGCCUUCUAUUCUUCAAGAAAAGUCUGUUGAAGUUAAAUGCAAAGAAGCAUCAAUGCCUUGUACAGGAAUAAAGUUAGAAAGAGUAGUCUUCACAGGAUCAGCAUCUGUGGAAACGUGUGUGUUGCCAGAGUCCAGAUUGGAACCAACUGAUGGAUUAUGGCAGAAUACAGAAUUGAUGGAUUCUGACAAUCAGCCUGUUGAACUGUUGAGAUCAACAAGUACAAUGGUAGAGAAGAAACCGCCUGAUAAAAUGUCAUCUCAUGCAAUUCCUUGUAGUGCGGCUGAAGUUCAAACAAAGGUGACUUUCCUCAUUGGAGACUCUAUGUCCCCUGAUUCAGAUAUUGAGGUGCGAAGUCAAGUGGCUGAAGAACAAAUGUCCAGGCACAGCAGCCAUAUGGAGAUUGAAGAAGGAACAACUGCUGAGCAGAACUGUGAAAAACAAACCCUUGAGGACCAAAAAAGAGAUCAGAAUGUGCCCGAAAAGUUCCCCCAGGUUGCUAUUGAGGUCCAGAAUUGGAAUCCUUACAGAGCGGAAAGUGCAAAUUUGCUUACCGAAUAUUUUACUGAAGAAGGUUCUGUUGCAACCAGGACUAUAGAUGAUAUUCCAGUGGAAACAGCAAGAGACAUUCUAGACUCUAGUAGUAGCUUAGAAUUUCCACCCAAAACUUUGAGUACAAAGAAUAACAAAUCCCCUAGUGAAUUUUGUAAGUUUAUGGAAUCUGUUCGUCAAGAGACUUGUAAAAGCUGUUUUGCAGAGCAGGACCAAAGAGAAAAACUCUCCAUUUUUAUCCCCCAUGGGGAAAGAGAGAACUUAGAAAAAAAAUCUGAUCCAGGUGUGGAUUGGGACAUUCCAAGGAAUGAGAGUUCUGAUAGUGCUCUUGGUGACAGUGAAAGUGAAGAUGCAGCUCAUGAUGCUGCAAGGACAAGCAGCAAUUAUUAUGGGGCAGAACAAGAAGAAUGGACAGAAGAAGAGGACAUACCAUUUCCUGGGUCAAAAUUAAUUGAAGUGAACUCUGUCCAGCCCAGUAUUGCCAAUUUUGGAAGGUCCUUGCUAGGUGGCUACUGUCCAUCUUACGUACCUGACUUUGUUUUGCAAGGACUAGGAAAUGAUGAGAAACUGAGACACUGUUUGAUGUCAGAUUUGUCGCAUGCUGUGCAGCAUCCUGUUCUGGAUGAACCAAUUGCAGAAGCUGUCUGCAUUAUCGCAGAUACGGAUAAAUGGACAGUGCAAGUGGCCAGUAGCCAGAGACGAAUCAUCGACAACAAACUCGGGAAAGAUGUACUAGUCUCUAACCUUGUCUCCAACCUGCUUCAUUCCACUCUUCAACUUUAUAAGCAUAAUUUAUCUCCAAAUUUUUGUAUCAUGCACCUAGAAGAUCGGUUGCAGGAGCUGUAUUUUAAAAGCAAAAUGUUGUCGGAAUAUCUCAAAGGCCAAAUGCGGGUUCAUGUGAAGGAACUGGGAGUAGUACUGGGGAUUGAAUCCAGUGACCUCCCUUUAUUGGCAGCUGUAGCAAGCACCCACUCUCCAUAUGUUGCCCAGAUUCUUCUCUAAAACCCCAAAAGGGCAAAGACAAUAGUUCUAUUUUUAUAAAACGGAAGACAAGGAAACAGACAUGAACUUCCAUUUUCCAGACUCAUUCUUCCUUGCAGGCAAGUGACUCGAACAACCUGCCAGCUUGAUAAUGUGCCUCUGCAAGUGAACACAUAAAUGUACAAACAUGUUCCCCUUCUUUUCCUUGCCUAUUCAUUUAAAAAUCAACCAACCAAUCAAUGGAACAGCGAUUCAGAUUACUAAAGAAGACACUAGAGCUUGGAGUACUGUACGUGGUCUGGAUAAGGAUUGCCAAAAUGACUGUAACUGCAGACUGUUGAAUUACAGGAUCACCAGAAUGAAGAACUCCUUUGUGGCCUCCAAAGUGCUGUUGGCGCUUGUACGAGGGAUUGGAAACAGCUAAUGUUUGAAGCCAAUUAAUAGUAUAUUUACAAUGCAUAAUGACGAAGCUCUCUUUGUAACCAAUUCAACUGCAUUAGAAGUACAACAAAAUGUUUAUUUGAUAAAGGCAGGUAGGAAGUGCAGAAAUUAAUUUGUUAAUGGCAGGUAGGAGUUGGGAAGGUAGUGUGCAAUUCUUUCCAUAGGAGGAGACCUGGGUGUAAUAUUUGUAUGAAUGCUUGAUAUUGAUUGAGAAUGAAUGAAUAAAUAUGAAUAUAUAUAUUCAUAUUCCCCCAUUUGGGUGCAAAAUUGACAUUAUGCUUAUGUUCUGAUGUUCAUACUACUGUUUAAAGAUUACAGAAAACAAAUAUUUGUUUUUUUAUAAAAAAGGAAAUGCUGAACAAAUGUUCUGUAAUACUUCGUUAGUUUUUUAACAAGAAUUUCUUCCCCUUUUGAUCAUGCUUCAUUUGGGAGGCUAUAAAGAAAAACUAGGUGCUGUUAAAACUAUUUUUUAAAAAAGAGGAUGUUGUAAGAGCUUUAUUACAUAUAGGUGUUCCAUUAAUUUCAGUGUAUUUUUCAAAAAAUUCAGAAGAGAAUGAAUUACUGAGAAUUUAUACCUUAGAAAUUAUACAAUUUCUAUAAUAGAGUUAAAACACUGGGGGUAAAAUUCUUUAACUAUCCUGACAAAUUUUAAGCUUUAAAACUCAAUUUGCUUGCACUGUAUUCAUUAUUAGGCUAUUCUGAUGAGAUCACUUUUCUAACCUGUUUAUUAAGAACUGGUUUACAAUCUAAUCAUAUGGAUGUUUGCUUUGAAGUAGGUCCCAGGGAGUUUAAUGGGAUUUACAAAUUCUGUCCAAUUGUGUCCUCUGGCAACCACUCUGUGCCCACUUACAGUCUUUGGGAGAAGACUUGGAAAUAUGGAGUGGGGAUAUAAAAAAGAAAAGGCAAACUAUGCCAUCCCCUUUCAUCAUAUGCUAUUGUUUUGGUCAUGAUUAAGCAAAAGAAUUCUGGUAUGGGACCUGUAAUUUAUAAACAUAUAUAUUGUGAAUCAAUCUGAAGAGCCCUCUAGAGGUCUUACAGCUAGAAUUCUAAGAAUUCUCAGCCAACAUGGAUUUUUGGGAGUUGUAGUUCCAAAAAGAUGUAGUAGUUUUUAAUUUGGGGAUGAUGAUAUUAUUUUGAAUCAUUUUUACUACAUCGAGUUAAAUAAGGGGAAAUGGCAUUAAAAACACUUAAUAUUUUCCCUGUAUCUAGUCAAGCAUCAACAACAUAGCAAAUUGCUUUAUUUUGUGAUAUUUUAAUUCAGUUGAACUCAAAACACAUUUUUUCCUAAUUCAUAUAAACACGAAGCAUUUCAAUUGUUGAGGCUUUUUUUUCUUUUGGUCUAUUUUUGAAGAUUGCUAGACUCUUUCCUCCUUACCUUUGCUAGAAAGCACUGUCAUUUUCACUUAUUUUCAAAUACUUGCUACAAUAGGCAGGAUUAGGGCUAAUAUUACAGAAAAAAAUAUUAAAAAUAAAUAAUUCCAUUUUUAUUUGAAUAAAGUAUAUGAUAAAAUAAUUAAGUCACAAUAAUAUGUGCAGACUAUUCUUCUACAUUACAAAUACUUGUUCCUUGACAGUCAAGGAACAGUUUUAGUAACAUACUUGAAAAGUGAAUAGAAAUCCAUAUAAAACAAUAUUCAAUUUCCAUCAAAGCACACAGAUAAAUGUGGCCUCCCCUUUCACUUACCUGCUACACAUGCCCUAAGCUUUUCAAACAUUUAAAAAUUCUAGCAAGAUUUUUUUCUAAUAUAAAAAUUCUUCCCUACACCUGCACAUUAGCUAAUAGUGUAAGCAUAAAUUAGCAUUCAGUCUGCUGGGCCUUUGCAGUGGUAGACACAAGUGGGUGGGUUUAGCACUUAAUUUUAUAUAUAUAUAAUUUUUUAAAAAACAAACAUAAACAAUACAUUUUUUUCUGAAUAGAGUAUUGACAGAGUAAAAAUUUACAGCUUAUAAGUACUUCCCAAAUAUAAUUGAUAUAUUUCAAUUGGGGUUUUAACUUGUCAGGCCAUUGUUUAUCUUCGGAACAAAUGAAAAGAUAAGAAGCUUUGCAAAUCAGGCUGUCUCCCCAGUAAGCAUAAUAUGAACCCUGAGAGCUCAGGUUGAUUUUAAUACAGAUGUCACUCACUAAUGGCUGCACUAAAUGUUACAAUUAAGUGGACAUGGAUUUGCCUAUUGUACUUAAAAUUAAUUAAGCUUGGGCUGAUCAUUAAUGUAACCCCAGCAAACAGCAAACAUGGACUCAAUUGUUUUCUCAUAUCUUAAUAGAAAGAAAUUGGCGCAAAAAUAAAUAUAUGGUUAGAUUUUUAAGUAAUUCUCAUCAGGUGGCUACAUUAUAAUUGUGCUAAAAUUUAAUUUUUUAAACAAAGGGAUCUAAAAGUCUGCCCAAAAACAGAAGCUACAACUAUGACAGGAAAUAGGGUUUUUCAAUAGUCAAGGACACCUGAUUUAUAAUAUUUUAUAUGGUUCUUCCCAACUGAGAAAUAAUUUGCAUUCCAGUUUGAACAUAAAUCUCUCUCCCACCCCUCACCCCCAUAUAUCUUGCAGACAAUCACCUUGAACAUGUUUAGUAAAGAAACUGCAGGUUUCAAGGAUUUCCACAUUGAAAAAAGUGAUGAAUGUCUUGGAUGUGCUGAUAAAAGUCUGCAGUACUGAAAGCUAUAAUUUUAACUCAAAUGUUAAGUCCCACAGGGAUUUCCACACUGCAGCUUCAUGGCAGAUAUUCUGUGACUACAUUUUUGCAAAAGGAUAAGACAGUUUGUAUAUAAGCUUUUGUUAUCUCCAGUCUAUUUUCUUUCCUCCAUUAUUCUUUUUUUAAAAAUAAUUUUUAUUAAAUAGGGUUUUUUUAAAAACAAAAAAAGAGAAAUUUUUACAAUUUUCUUUUCAAUAUUUUCUUUCUUCCAUUAUUCUGAAGUGAAGGUCAUAAUUAUUCAAAUGGUAGAAGACGAGCAAUCAUCUGCAUAUCUAAAAGUGGUCCUGUGUGAUUCACAUGUACAGCUAGGAUGUAGUAUGCUCUUGCCACAUAUAGAUUGGCCUUUAACAAUUUGUCAUCUGGUUGCCAAAUUAAAGCUAGAGUCCCAAAUGAUAUUCCAUCUUAGUUUUCCUCCUGUGGUAUUGAGAAAUUAUGCUGUUGAUUGCAGCGGUAUUGCCUGGCCUUACAGCUCUCCUGUUCCUUUUAGGACUUCUGUUCUCAGCUGCAGAGGCGUUUGUACAGUACAAAUGGAUUUAACUAGCAUUCUGGUAUGCUAGUUUCAUGUUGUAAAAUACAGGAAAUCUUGUUGGAGCAAAGAAUUUGCUUAUUUGUUCCCUCUCUGUUCCUGCAUUGUGUGACGGCUGCGUAUUUAUUCUGUUAUCUUUCUUGAUGGAGGCUAUUGGUGAUUUGAAGGCAUCCAUUUAUGCGGUUUCCUGGAUGAACUCUAAGCAGGACCUCUAAAUGGAAAGUUUUUCCACUGCAGCAGUGAACUAUAUGUUCACCAGCAAUUUUAAAAGCUUGUAAAUCCAGUGUUUCUCAACCUUGGCAACUUGAAGAUGUCUGGAAUUUAACUCCCAGAAUUCACCAGCCAGUUUGGAAGUUGAAGUCCACACAUCAUCAAGCUAUCGAGGUUGAAAAGCACUGGAUUAACAAGAGACCUUGGUAAUUUUUUCAAGUAAUAAGUGUUACCAUUGAUUAAUUUCUCCAAAAUUAUUAGAUAAUUAAGCAUUAUCCUUCAAUUCCAAGCAUUUGGUUGAACUGGUUUUUUUUUUAAUGAUCUUGUUACUCAUUCUAAUUAUAUAAUGGGAAUAAUUACUGUGCAAAAGGUAUGGCAUGAGAGCAUGCUUUCUUGUGACUGAUAACUUGUAUAUGGUACAUGAAAUAUCAAGGUACUGCAUAGAUUUAUCUGGAUUUUAAUUUUUUUUUCUAAGGGAAGUAUAACAGCGCUGUAGCAUUGACCUCAUAUCAUGCUGUUCAGAACAAUGUAUGUACAAGACUAAUCUUGAUUUUUGCAAUAUUUCUAAUGCCCAUUAAUAUGUCUUAAUUUUAAGGCUGAAAAUAUUUAAGUAUAUUGCACAUAAAUGCUAACAAAUUUAUUUCCACUGUUAACUUGCAAAUGCAAGAUUGUUUAAAAAAACAAAGGGAACGGGGAUUCUGAAACGUGAUUUUUCAAUGUAGCCUUUUAAAAUCUGUUUGAGUUAAAACAGGUUUUUUUUAAAAAAGGGUUUUAAUUGUCUUGUUUUCAGUCUUCUCUAAAUUACGUAAAUGGUGGUAUGUGUUAUAUGCUGGAUAAAAUGUACAUAAUUGUUAUCUUUUGUGUUUUUUGUUAUAUACAUACAUACACACACAUACACAAAUGUACAUACAUAUCUCAAGAUGUGGACUUGUAUUAUAAUAACUGUUCCCAGUUUUAGGGGAACUUUGUGCAAUAAAUACAAGUUUGUCCCUUUAA